AUGGCGGGGUCGUUCGACGAUCCGGAUUUAGCGGUGGAGGACUACAUUCCCAAGGACAAGGAUGACAUGCAGCUGAUGCGCGAGCGGUGGUCCAAGCUCCUGCUGGGGGACGAUCCCUCUGGAGGGGCCAAGGGGUGCGGCCCUGCGCUAGCCAUGGCCAACGCCAUCACCAGCGUCUCAGCAUCCAUCUUCGGGGAUGGGCUGCGGCUGCGGCCGCUGCCAGAGGAGGACGAGCGCAAGUGGCGGAGGGAGAUGGGCAUCAUGGUGUCGGUGUGCCGGCACAUUGUGGAGCUGGCGCCCGCCUGGACCACUCGCCCUGACGGCAGCAGAUUCGAGGUGAUGCGUCGCAGUGUCCGAGCUGACCUGCGGAUUCAGCUGCCAGCCCUCAGCCAGCUCGAUACCAUGCUGCUGGUAAUGUCCCCCUGCUGCUGGUUGUUUUGUUUGCUGGCUAUCUCUGGCUGGCUGCUGCUGCUGUGUUGGCGUGUUAGUGUGCUCAUACCAGUCCCCUUUACUUCACCUCGCUCCUCACGUUCCCCCGAGCAGACCAUCCUGCAGCACAGCCAAUCAGACGAGUACUAUUACGAGGACGAGCUGCCAGGUGGCGACCUAACACAGGAGGACGGCGAGGAGGACGAGGAUGGGGAGGGGGAAGAUGAGGAGGUUGAGGAGACAUUGCGUGGGGAUGAUGAUGAUGACGACGACAGGGAGAGCUUCGGAGCUGUCAGCACGGGCGGCAGCAGCAGCGGCAUGGGCGGCGGCAUGGGCGGCAUGGGAGGGUCGGCAGGGGAUCUGUACGGCGCACCGGAUCGACUCAUCAGGCGCAGCGCCACGGCUCCCUCGGAGCGGCCUGCGACUCAUGCCGGGCCGUACGGGUCUGGAGGGAUGAGCGGGCGGAUAGGAGGAGUGGGUGGGGACGGCGGGGAGAGGGGAGGUGGGGGUAGGAGAGGUGUGAGCCAUGGGUCUGCACAUGGUUCGGCGCAUGGUUCGGCACAUGGGUCGGCGCAAGGUUCGUCGGUUCACGGAUCGUCCACACGAGGGUCUUCAGCGGAUGACGAGGAGGAUUUUGCAGACGACGAAGGGCAGUACAGCCAGGGAGGGGAGUUUGAACACAGAGGUGCGGUGCAUGCAGGGAACACAGGAGACACAGGAGGGUCAGGAGGCACAGGAGACGCAGGAGAAGGAGGGGACAGGGGCUCAGGGCACUACAGACGGCUCUCCUCGCCUGGGUUUGAGGCGGAGAGGCGGGGUAGUGAAGAGGACCUGAUACAGCAGCGGGGUGGAGGAGGGGGAGGAGGGGAGGGUGAGGAUGCGUGUAGCAGUGGGAGUAACACGGGGAGCAACGCAGGGAGUAACACGGGCAGCAGGGAGGGGUCGAGUCCGAACCCCGGGUCAUCCUGGGGGUUUCACCAGCGCUCCAGCAGCGCAGCUGCUCCUCCUGCUGCUCCUGCCUCUUCUUCAGGUGUUCCGUCAGGUGCUUCUCCAGGGUCGGGGGGUAAGCGGCGGGUGUCGUCACGCUCGUCCAGCUUCAGCUAUGACUUCUCAGCGCUUCUAGGUGGUGGAAGGAGCCGUGGAGGAUCAGUUACUGGUGCUGCUGCAGCAGGGGCAGCAGCAGGGGGAGCGUCAGGGGCAGGGGGAGGACUUCCGCCUGGUGGAGGCGGAAUCAUGCGAGGACUCAAACGAAGCGUGACUGACGUGCGGGACAAAAGGUUCAACCCAGAAGGCAUGGGCGGCGGAGCCAUGGGAGGAAUGGUAGGAGGAAUGGGGGGAAUGGGAGGAGGAGAGGGGGCGGGCAGUGGGGGCCGGCAGGUGUGGCGGUGGAAGAUGAAGCCGCGGGUGCGGGGGCCGCUGGGGGAGGCGCUGGUGCGGUGGUUGGAGCAGCAGAUGGAGAAGACGAGUCAGAUCAUGAAGCUCGCCAUGACCAUCAACCAGCAGGUCCUGCAGGACAUGCAGGUUCCCGAUGCCUUCGUGCAACGCCUCCCCAAGAACGUGAGGGCGGUGGUGGGCGACAGAGUAUACGCGGCCCUUCACGCCAAUCCAUUCACGGAUGACAAGCUGCUCUCCACGGUGGACCUCUCCAAUCAGAAGGCGGCUCUCAAGCUCGCCUGCAAGCUCGAGGCAGCCGAGCAGAUCUGGAUGCGCCAGCUCGCGCUCGCAAGGGAGCCCCAGCUGAGCCACACGCUGGGCGGCAGUUAUUUGUCCACUACCAGCCGGGACGUGGUGCGAUUGGAGGAGAGCCUUCAGCGCGUGUCCUCGUGCCUCGCUGCCAUCCGCCGCCGAUGGCCCGACCUGCCGCAGACCACUCUUGAUCUAGCCAAGAUCGCAUUCAAUGGGGAUAUCGGCAAGGCCGUAUUGGAGAGCUACUCACGAGUUCUUGAAGGCGCCGCCUCCAACAUCCGGUCGCGCAUCCGGGACGUGCUGCACGCCAACUACCUCUUCCUCAACCCGCAGCAGUUCGUGGACCUGCCCUGCGACCCGCACCCUCAAGGCCUGCGCCACCCCACCUUCAGCGUCCUCAUGCCUGGAACCGUAUUCGACGCCGUCUCCAUGUCUAGCGACAACAGCGAAUCCACCAAUGGCAGCGUCCGAUCCUUCGACUCCAGUCGCAGCGGCGGCAGCGCCCGGUCCGGGAAAGGCGCGCGGGGCGGCGGGGGAGGAGGGGCGGGAGGAGGGGGAAUGGGAGGGGAUGGAGGAGGCGGGCUGGGUGCGGCGGUGGGAGUGGGCAUGGCGCCGGCGGGGCCGGGGUAUCCGGGUUCCGGGGUGCUGGGGAAGGCGUCGGCCAAGUGGGAUAUGCGGCCGCCUCGCAGCCCUGAGCUUCGCAGCCCGCUGAUUUCAGGCGCCAUGGGCCGGCUUUCUGUUGGCGGUGGCGUGGUGUCCGGUGGUGGGGGUGGCGGUGGUGGCGGCGGUGGGAGUGGGAAGUACAUGCGCAGCCCUCUUCAUAGCCGGAGCACGUCUGGUGCUGGCUCGGGUGCUGGUGCAGGUGCUGCCAGUGGUGGUGCCGGUGGUAAUGGUGGUGGAAUGGGUGGGGGAGUGGGUGGGGGUGGAGGUGGGAUGGUGUAUCCCUCGUCUGGAUCCGGGGGAGGUGGAUCUGGGGGAAGCUCUCCCUCCGCCAGUCCCAGCCGGGCCAUGCUAGGAGACAGGUUUCUCCGGCGCACUGGGUCGCUGCAGCCUAGGGGAAAGCGAGGAAACCGUGCGCUGGGGAGGAGUCAGAGCGGAGGGAUGGCAGAUGAGGUGAUGUGUGGGAUGGGAAUGGGUGGUGGUGGUGGUGGUGGUAAUGGUGGCGGCGGUGGCGGUGGUGCUGGUGGUGGUAAUGGUGGUGGUGUGGGAGGAGGGCGUGGAGGGUCUCCUGGGUUCCAGGUUUCGCCUUCCCGUGGGCCGGUGCAAUUCUCCCCGGUCUACUCUGGCCUAGCUUCAAUUCUUCUCGCCGCAUCUGCCGGCGCGCUGCUUGCGGAUUGGUCCGUACUCCCCGCGGCGCAAGCGCUGCCGUUCUUGCUCCCGCCUGCCGGUUUCCGUCUGUACGUGGAUCGGCUCGACGGCUACUCGUUCUUCUACCCCGACUCGUGGGUAGAGGUGCGGGGAUCCGGGCAGGACUGUUUCUUCCGCAGCUCGUUCAACCUCGACGAGAACGUGAGCGUCGAGGUGUCGUCGCCCUCUUCGUCGCGAUUCGCGGCCGCGCGGGACCUGGGAGCCCCCGAGGCAGCAGGGCAGCGAGUAGAGAAGCAGCUUCUAACAGAGUUCAUGUCCACGCGGCUGGGCGUGCGGCGCGAGGCCUCCCUCAUCUCCUCCGCCAAUCGCAUCGUGCCAGCUGGCACCGGGAGGAGAGGCGCCGGGGAGCAGGAGGAAGACGCGGAGUACUAUGACGUGGAGUUGAACGUGAAGUCGUAUGCCAACAACAACCAGCUGGCCAUCAUGCCGGACGAGCGAGUGCAGGUGCUGGAGUGGAACCGCCGCUACUUCACAGUGCUGGCAGUGGCCAACAGACGCCUGUACCAGCUGCGCCUGCAGGUGCCCGAGAGGCUCCUGGAUUCCGAACGGCCUGUGCUGCGGCAAGUCAUGGACUCUUUCUGCGUGUUCACUGUUCAGUGUUGCAGAGUAGAAGAUUAG